AUGGAACUCGGCUCGGGAGGCCAUCCAUGGGAUGAAGGUGCUCUUCCUCUCCAUUGUGGCUGCGUCUGCAUUUUGGCCGGCAAGGGCAACCGGGUGUGUGGACGGCGCCCGGUGGCCAUCAGCCAUGGCAAUCUGCUGUACCGCCUGAAGGGAACCGAUGCGCUGCCGGGGACGUGGCCCUGGGCGGUCAGCUUCCAGUUCCUGACACGGAAAGGCUACCGGCACUUUUGCUCCGGAGCGCUCAUCAGCUCCCAAUGGGUCAUCUCCGCCGCUCACUGCUUCCAGAUCAAAAAGUACAUCCAGACUGAGUACUGGAGGGUCCUCAUCGGGGCCACCAUCCAGUCCAAACCCGGUCUUGAUGCUCAGGCCCGCUCUAUCAAGAGGCUGGUGCAGCACCAGAACUAUAAGCACUCGGGCCACAACGACAUUGCCUUGGUCGAGUUGGAUCAGCCUGUGAUUUGCAACGACUUCAUCCAACCCGCCUGUUUGCCCGACGAACACAUUAACAUCCAGGCGCUCACCCACUGCUACGUCGGCGGAUGGGGUGUGCUGGACAGAUCAAAGACCAUCAAGUACACGGAUAUCCUCCAAGAGUCCAAGGUGAGCCUGAUCUCUAAUGACAACUGCAAUAGCUACGGGUGGAACAAAACGAAGAUCAAGGACGACAACAUCUGCGCCGUCGGGGAAUCACAAUCAGUUGACCGCUGCCAGGGUGACGGAGGCAGCCCCCUCAUGUGCCGCCCGCCACGGUCGGAGCGCUUCUGGGUCAUCGGCAUCAACAGCUGGGGCACCAACUGCCUUUACAAACACCGCCCGGGAGUCUUCAGUUCCACCAAGUUUUUUUCUCUCUGGAUCAACCGCGUUGUGCGGCAGCCGCCCAAAGUGGCCCUGGUCCCGCCGUUCAAGACGACCACCCGCUCCCAAAAAAAGUCGCCCUGGGAAAGCAAGCCGUACUUGGUGUACUACCAGGAUGAACUGGGGAAUGGCUUCACCUUCUACUUCCUGGGGCCCACCCCUCCACACGCUACGGUGCUCUACCUGACCAAAACGCCGCCGUCUUGGUCGGAACUGGACCUGACGAUACCCAGAACUACCACAGCCUCACCUUUCCUGUCCCGGUCGCGGUCUCGGCCGACUUUAGCCUGGGCGUCGGCGGUGACCUAUCCUCCAUACAUCAACACGGCUGGGCAGAAAGAAUGGCGGCCCACCAAAAGCCUUGUCUGGAGAAGACACCAUGGCCAUGACUAUGGACACCGCUGGAGGAGGACACAGGCCACCACCACCACCACUACCAAAGAGAAACGGCGGCGCUUAGUCAAAUACUGGACCAGCAAGUGGCUUGCAAGCACCUUCUUCUCCAAAAUGCCCAAAAGAAGAAAAGGUCAGGAGAAGUUCAUCCCCAGUCUCUGGAUUUGUGGGAGGCGCCCGCUGGCUCCGCACCAUGUCAGCAGUCCGCCUCGCAGGGGCGGUUUCGACAUCAUGCCUGGGGCCUGGCCCUGGAUCGUCAGCCUGCAGCUGCCCACCAUCACGGGGCACAAGCACUCCUGCGGGGGGUCCCUCAUCUCCGCCCGAUGGGUCCUCACCGCCGCCCACUGCUUCUCCAACAAAAGGAGCCUGCCCCACUGGCGCGCGGUCAUCGGGGCGUCCAAGCUCUCCUCGCUGGGUCCCGAGGUCCACGUCCGCUUCAUCAAGCAGGUGGUGAUCCAUGAGGACUACAAGCCACCCCAGGAGGCCAAUGACAUCGCCCUCAUGGAGCUGGACCAGCCCGUCAAGUGCAGCGACUACAUCCAGCCAGCCUGCAUACCCAACGCCAACAUCACGAUCGCCAAGUUCAACGACUGCUUCAUCAGCGGGUGGGGGGUCCUCAGAGACGUCGUAACCGUGGCCUCAGACGUCAUGAAAGAGGCAAAGGUCAACCGCUUCUCGCCGGAGCUCUGCAACAGCAGCAACUGGUACAACGGGGCCGUCCAGCCACACACCAUUUGCGCCGGUUAUGCCGAAGGAGGAGUCGACAGUUGCCAGGGAGACAGCGGCGGACCCCUCAUGUGUAAAGAAAACGAGUCUCAGCCCUUCUGGGUGGUUGGGACCACCAGCUGGGGCAAGGGCUGCGGGGAGGCACACCACCCAGGCGUCUACACCUCCACACGGUUCUUCUCCGGCUGGAUAGAGAAGCACAUUGGGCCGAUGACCACGCCGCCCCACGGAGACUACCACCACUCCAACCACUACCACAACCACCACAACUCCAACCACUACGACCACUACUCCAACUACCACCACCACUACCACUACUACAACCACCACUACCACUACUACAACUACCACGACUACAACUCCAACUACCACUACUACAACUACCACCACCACUACAACUACUACUCCAACUACAACCACUACUACUCCAACUACAACCACCCAUCGUACAACCACAACCACCCACCGCCCAACUACAACCACCCACCGUACAACCACAACCACCCACCGUACAACCACAACCACCCAUCGUACAACUACCACCACCCACCGUACAACUACAACCACCCACCGUCCAACAACAACCACCCAUCGCACAACCACAACCCACCGCCCAACUACAACCACCCACCGUACAACCACAACCACCCAUCGUACAACUACUACCCCCAAAACUACUACUCCACAUACAACCACCACUCCCAAAGCCACCUCUACUUUACCUCCAAAUACAACUCAAGAGUCUCCUCCAUCCAACACAACUUUGCAUCCACACAAGACCAUCAAAAUCAUCCUUCUACCUUCCACACCGACAUCCACAAUCACUUCUCAUUCCACCAGAAAGUCCAUACCGCUGCUCAAGCCCCGGACCACGCGUCCACCCAAAACUAUAGCCCAGCGUCCAACUACAAAUGCAACACAGCCCCACACCACAACCGCAACUCAGGUCCACACAACCACAACCCUGCGCCAAACUACGCCCUCAACCCAGCCUCCAACCACAACCUCAACCCGGCCUCUAACCACAGCUACAACCCACCCCCCCACAAGUCAGACGACACAUGA